GGUAGGAUUUCCCCGGAAAUGCGUUGUAUGUCAGAGAGCCAAAUCUGGACAGCUUUCGCUUCUGUUUUGACGUAUCUCGCUUCAUUCAUCAUAUAAUACCGUAGACAAAGUUCCUAAAGCCAUUGAAGUAUAACGGUAUCCCAUGGGCGUUGGCCAGAAGAUGACCGACCACGGCAUGAUGUCAGGCAAAGGGGAACCAGAGUAUCCUACAAUGCAGUGUGGUUCCCGGUUGACGGUGGAGCAGGAGCGAGACUGGUACAAGGAGAAGCUGCUGCACAUGAAGGUGGUGUUCAGGGAGAUGCAGCACAGUCUCCAGUCUCAGAAGAUACGGAAGGAGGGGGUUGAGACUGUGUCCGUCUUGUUGAAGGAGUCCCGGCAGCAAAUAACGACUUUGGAAAAUCAAAAACGAGCACUUGAGACAGCUGUGAGAAAUCUGCAGAACAGGCUGGCCAAUCAUGGACUGUCAAACAGUGUGACAUUUGAAGAAAAUGAACUUUUUAUUCCGGGUACUUCCAAACAGAUAUUAGACAAUUUAGCCAAAGAAAAUGCAAGGUUGCGGAAUCUACUUGGCAUGUCCGGGGGAUUUGAGGACGUGUCCAAAUUACAUGAGACAAUCGAGAGAGUGCAAGGGGUCAGCUCCAAUCUGCAGGUCGAGAAUGACAACUUGCUCCAGAAGGUCACUGACCUUGAAAACAUGUUAAAGUCUUCGGACAGUGACAAGGACAAGAUGAUCUGUCAACUCCGUGAACACAUUGACAAGCUUCAGUCCAACUCCCGGACCCAGGACGUCCUGUGUCAGUCCAUGUCGGGCGAGGUGUCCGGUCUCCGAUACAAGCUGAAGGACUUCGUGCUGCAGUGUCAGCAGCUGGAGAUGAAGCUGGAGGAUGCAGAGCAGAACAAAGUGACCUUCACCCAACAGGAAGUGCCGGUCACCGAGGUCAAAUAUAAUCAAAAAUCGGAGGAUACCCCAGAUGGCAAUAUUAUUUUAGAAGAAACCACAAGAUUGAAAGAAGAAUUAAAAACUUUGAAGGAGAUGAACCGGCGAUGGCAGGAUUACAACAGCGACCGUGAACGCUACACCCAGGAGCUGCACAGCAACUACCGUGAGCUCCAGCAGCGCUAUAAGACCAGCCAGGAGAGUCGGAUCACGGAGGAGAGGGAGCGUCAGCUCAACAAUCUGCUUGUCACAGCCAAGGAGAAACUGGAGAAGAUGGAGGUUGACAAGAAACAGCUUGCGGAGAAGUUGGAGGCAUCGGAGGCCACAGUUGGCAGCCAGAUGAUAGAGAUGCAGCAGCUGAGGUUGAUGUCUGGAGGAGGGGACUUAGAGACCAUUGCGGCACUCAAGGCACAGAUACAGGUGUGCACCGAGGACUUCGAGACAGAGAGACAGGACCGCGCCAAGGCUCAAGCUAGAGCUCACCUGUUGCAGGAAGAAGUCAAUAACCUGCGUGUGGAGAAUAAUCAGUUGAGAUGCUCAGGAAAUCAAAACCUGUUAUCACGGCAAUCUCAGGUCUACAGCAGGCACCAAUCCAUUGCACUGGAGCCUCCGCAGCUUCAAGCACGAGGAUGGCCGCAGCGGCGAGGAUUAAUUGUGACUGAUGGCAACAUGACAGAAACUGAUGGCAACCUACCGGGGACAAAGUCGCCUGGCACCAGCCCGAGACUGAUCACAUCACGAUCGCCCACCAACCCUAGUGUGCCACGACACUCCCCUAGUUUCUUGACCUCCGGGCCAGUGAGCCUCCCCGUCAUGAGGUCGGACCCUAGUCUGUUUAAACCAGCCUUGAGGAAGAAGGAGGAAGAAACGCUCUGUUGUCCUAAAUGUGGGCAAGGCUUUUCAGAGGAAGAGCAGGACAAGUUACUUGAACACAUGGAGGUUUGUUGUGAGUAGCUUCACUCAGACACUUUGAAAUUCUGAUGGAUUGUUCAACUGGGAUUGGAUUAGAGGAGGGGUGUUUUCGGAAGCCGAUCUGAUGUUUUGAGGUUGAGUGUGAGAAAUUGUGUGUUGUGGCUUCGCUGAGACGCAUCAAGAUCAAACCUUAGGGUGUCUUGGGUGUAGCGGUAUGUUGUGGGUAUAUGUACUGAGACACAUGGUGAGGAGUGUUCCUCUGAGCUUGGCUUACAUAAGGGGUGUUUUGGGAAAUCAAUCCAAUGUUUUGAGGUUGAGUAUGAGAGAUUGUGUGUUGUAGCUUCGCUGAUACACAUCAAGAUAAAAUUUUGGAGCGUCUUGGGUGUAGUGGUAUGUUGUGAAUAAUCCUACCGAGACACAUGGUGAUGAGUGUUCCUAUGGGAUUGGUUUACAUGAGGGGUGUUUUCGGAAGCCAAUUGGAUGUUCUAGGGGUAGAGUAUGACAGAUAGUUCAAGGAAUGGAGCAAUACCUUUUAUUACAGCCAUAAACUGCAAAGAGCAUGCACCACGUCUUGGGAGGGGGGAGGAGGGAGGGGUAUAGGUUGUGAAACCAAAUGUAGCAGGGUGUAGAGUCAUCCCACAGAUGACAUCCUUACCUUGUCAGUGUAGCAGGGUGUGGAGUCAUCCCACAGAUGACAUCCUUACCUUGUCAGUGUAGCAGGGUG